AUGUUGGUGUUGCUGGCUGGUAUCUUCGUGGUCCACAUCGCCACUGUCAUCAUGCUGUUUGUUUGUACCAUUGCCAAUGUCUGGGUGGUUUCAAAUACAGGACAAUUUUCAGUAGGUCUCUGGAAAAAUUGCACUGAUGGCAACUGUGACAAUUUAUUGGUGUAUGCUGAUGAAGAUGCCCUCAAAGCGGUACAGGCCUUUAUGAUCCUGGCCAUCAUCUUCUCUGUCAUUUCCCUUGUGGUCUUCAUAUUCCAGCUCUUCACUAUGGAGAAAGGAAACCGAUUCUUCCUCUCGGGUGCCACCAUGCUGGUGUGCUGGUUGUGCAUUAUGGUCGGAGCGUCCAUCUAUACUCAUCACUACGCGAAUAGUCAGACAAUGUAUUUUUCCUCAGGCAGUCACCAUGGCUAUUCCUUCAUCCUGACCUGGAUCUGCUUCUGUUUUAGCUUCAUCAUUGGCGUUCUCUAUCUGGUCCUGAGAAAGAAAUAA